AUGAGAGCUGGGAAAGAAAUGGAGAUGCUAGCGAAUGUUGGAAAAUUGUUCAGAAGUCCAGUCGAGAAAUAUGACCUUGAUUCCUGUAUUUGUGACUGCAAGUUCUUGCUCAGUGCUACACUUUAUUCAAUCUUCCUUCUGUGGACACAGACAAUGCCGCUCAGGGAGAUAGAAAAGAAGGCUGGAGCAAACGGACAACAUCACAAAGUUAAAAAUUGUCUGAGGAAGAGACAAUUAACGUAUUGCAGGUUGAGCGACAAAAGAAUUACGUCUUGGAGCAACCGAGUUAUAGUGGACAAUGCAGGAAGUAAGCAAGCAGAUAACCAAUAG